AUGGAGUUCCAAUUCAUAGAUAAUACAAAUAUCGAUGCAUCAGCACGGAAACAAAUCCGAAGUUCGGUCAUGCGUGGCCGCAACACAGGUAAAACCCGAUCACGCAAGGAAAUAGUACGUUGCCCGAAGCCACGGGCUUUGGUGCCAGAUGUUAGAAACCUAAAUCGUAGAGGUUUGGAUGGGAAUAGUCCGAGCCCAGACGAUGUGGUUGGUGGAAUGUUGAGGACAGUGGGUAAUGACUUUACGGCUCUGAGGUACCCAAAGCCACUAGAACCACCCGUACAGAGGAUUUUGAGGCAGUGUGAGUCUAUGAAGGCUUCAUGGCUUUCCGGGAACCUGAGAUAA